GAGCACCUGGAGCAACGUGCCCUUACUGGCUGUGAACCCGCUACACGCGGUCGGAACUCCACUCAUCUGACCUUCCAGGCUCUGGCUGCCUUGCAGAAGGAGGACGACCAGGCUCUGAAUAUCAAAAGAGAGGUUGUGGCCGCAUUUGCCUCACGGGUAAGUCCCACACUUCUUCGACGGACUUUUGUGACGAUUUUCAAGUACUAG